AACAGGAACAAAAACACUUGAACUAUAUUUAAUUCUAAAUUACACUUUUCAAAGAACUCUGCCGGUUAUCAGUAAUACCUAUUAUUAAUAUAUUAUGUAACUCCUCAUUACAACGUGGAAACAAAACAUUCAUGUGCAUCAGUUAGCGUGCAGCACCGCUUCCUGCCCGGCGGAUACACCGUUCAUCCAGAUAAACAGUUCCGCUGUCAUAAGCACAGAUAAAAGAGGGAUAUACUUAAUGAAUACACUCAUUCUAAUAUAAUUUAAUGAUGUAUUGAUGAAAAUAUUUAUACAUUUUAUGACUGAAAAGUAACUGUUAACCCCUUCAAUAGAAUAUUUUAUGAUGCACUAACUCAGUGAUUGCAAAUGUUAGUUUAUGCAUCAAUAAUAAUUUUUUGUUUUGUACUUAUGCAAUAUAAAACAUUUAUAGGUAUGUAAUUGUAUCAGGUAGCUGUAAUCUGUGGGAAACUUUGAUUAUUGUGCAUUAAAUGAAAUAUUAGAGAGGCAUAAACAUGAAGCGAGAGUGAGACAAUGCACAUAAUCCUCUUAGACGACUUCAGGUAUUAGGUAUUAUGCUGAUCCAUUGUGAAGCCUCGUUCUAUGUCCUACAUAACCCUUUGGUCAUUGCCAAGAGUUUGUGAUUGUGCCGCCACAUCUGACUGGAGAAAUUAGCUUCUGGACAUUGCUGCUCCCUGCAAGCUAAAGGGCCGAUGAUAUGGUAAGUCUGCCUCUGUCAUUAAAUAUGCUUUAUUUGUUGCCUUAGUUUGGGAAGGGAAUAAGUCCAGAUCCUUACAAAUGUCCAUACUGUUUUCAUUCCUUUUACCAGGCCCUCAUUGCUACUUCAUACAUUUGAGUUUUGUCUUUGGAAUUUUGCUUAAUGACCCUUGAAAAGGACUUGGUAUUAAAAUUUAAUCCACGAAGGGUUUUCAUGAAAUGUUCAGAUACAUUCACAUUUAGACGACUAGUACUCUGAUCCUCUCUAAUGUCAUUUUAUUCUUGAUGAUUCCUUUAACUUGACUUAUAGGCUGGGUUUUCUGAAGAUUCGAGGAUGUGACAUGACUCACACUGCUGAGGUUGUGAAUCGUGUCGACCCAUGGUCUGCUGGGGAGCGAGCCAGACUCUACCGAAGCCCAUUGAUGCAUCCUAAUUUAACCUAGCCGCGAGUGAGACUGCUUUUGGAGGACGAUGCAUUGCACAAGGAGGAAGCGACUGCAGCUGAGCCGAGUUCUUUUCCUCCUCUCCGGGGUGUUCCUCUGCACGCUCUACCAGCUGACCAUCAGUGCCAGGCUCUACAAGUCUCUGUCCAUGCCUCAGAUUGGAGGCGACUAUGGGGAAGGUUCAACAGAGGGGGUUGAGGAGGCCACGGUGGAGACUGCGGGGCUGGAGGAGCCGCUCACCGCGGCCCAGGAAGUCGAGCCCACAGAUCAGACAACGCCAGAAAUGCACGUGGUCCAUCAAACGGACACAACUUCAGAUUUCAGAAGUGCUGCCCCCACUGACUCUCCAUUAUUGCCAACCACCAACAGAACUCUUGUGCACUGCAUAUUUGUGUCUCCCGAGCCUCCGCCGCCGACGCCCGCUCCGCCCAAACCCCCAGCCGAAGCUCCACACAUGAAGGGAGAAUACCCCGAGGACAUCUUCUCUAUCGAGGACCGCCGGCGAGGCUGGGUGAUUCUCCACAUCAUGGGGAUGAUGUACAUGUUUGUGUCUCUCGCGAUCGUGUGCGACGAGUUCUUCGUUCCCGCCCUCGGGGUCAUAACGGACAAGUUGGCCAUCUCUGACGACGUGGCCGGAGCCACUUUCAUGGCUGCCGGGGGAUCGGCCCCGGAGCUUUUCACCUCACUGAUCGGCGUCUUCAUUGCCCACAGCAACGUGGGCAUCGGCACGAUCGUCGGGUCAGCCGUGUUCAACAUUUUGUUUGUGAUCGGGAUGUGCGCGCUGUUUUCACGGGAGGUUCUCCACCUGACCUGGUGGCCUCUUUUCAGGGACGUGUCGUUCUACAUCUUCGACCUCAUCUUGCUCAUCAUCUUUUUCUUGGACAACGUCAUCAUGUGGUGGGAGAGCAUGAUGCUGGUGGGCGGUUACACUAUUUAUGUCGUUUUCAUGAAGUUUAACGCUCAGCUAGAGCGAGCGUUCAAGACCCAGCUCCACAAGCACAAGAGCAUCGUCAAAGUCAUCGCUGUGGAAGAACCAGAGAAGACGGAUGAGGAAAGUGAAGAUAACACGCCUCCUCCUCCAGAGGACAAGAAUCGGCUAAAGUUGAAGCCCUCCCUUCAGAGAGGGGGGAGUUCAGCAUCUCUGCACAACAGCACCAUGAGAAACACCAUUUUCCAGCUCAUGAUUCACACAUUAGACCCUCUGGGAGAGGGGAAAUUUAAGGAGAAGGCUGAGAUUCUGAAUAAUGUGGCGAGACGGAAGGCAGAGGGCAAAUCUCAAAGCAAAAGUGAAGAUGGCGGAGAGAAAAGUGAGGACAAGAAAGAGCCAGAGGCUGCCCCGGCUGCAGAGACGGAGAAGAAGGAGCAGCCAGAGGACAAGAAGGACGAUGUUCCAGCAGAUCAGGACAAUCCAGAAGGCUCGGAAGACUCCGGCAGUGACGAAGAGGACAGCGAUGAAGACAGCGAUGAAUCCAGUGAGGAUGAGGAAGAUGAUGAUGAUGAUGAAGAGGAGGAGGAGGAUAAUGAGGAGGAAAAGGAAGACGAGCCUCUGUCUUUAGAGUGGCCUGAAACAAGACGCAAACAGGCCACCUACCUCUUCCUGCUGCCCAUCGUCUUUCCUCUGUGGCUGACGGUCCCCGACGUUCGAAACCAGAAAUCCAGAAAGUUCUUUGUGUUCACCUUUCUGGGCUCCAUCGUGUGGAUCGCUGUGUUCUCCUACCUCAUGGUGUGGUGGGCUCACCAGGUGGGUGAGACCAUCGGCAUCUCGGAGGAGAUCAUGGGCCUGACCAUCCUGGCAGCGGGGACGUCCAUCCCCGACCUGAUCACCAGCGUGAUCGUUGCCCGUAAAGGCCUGGGGGACAUGGCGGUGUCCAGCUCCGUGGGCAGCAACAUCUUCGACAUCACCGUUGGCCUCCCUGUGCCCUGGCUCCUCUACUCCUCCUUCCACGGCUUCGCUCCGGUGGCCGUCAGCAGCAACGGGCUCUUCUGUGCCAUCGUGCUGCUCUUCCUCAUGCUCCUCUUUGUCAUCAUCUCCAUUGCGACCUGUAAAUGGAAGAUGAACAAGGUGCUGGGUUCCACUAUGUUUUUGCUCUACUUUAUUUUCCUGGUGCUCAGCGUCAUGCUGGAGGAUCGCAUCAUUGUCUGUCCGGUUUCCAUCUAGAAAAAUGGGAAAAAGAGGAAAAAUUGCUCUAAAGCAGGACUGCUGACCUCCACAUGUACGGGUCUCAUGAGAGUUUAUAAGAACCAUCAAGAAUGCUACUGUAGUUGCUCUGCAUUGAUUGUUAUGUCUGAGCGUCGGCAGCAAAACUAAUAUCUCACACUGGGCUGCGACAUUCUGCAGAGGAAAUUAUGAAAUAGUUUCCAGAAAUAGAUAAAAUCAUACACAGGGUUUCCCAAUGAUGUUGUGUGAGUCACAGGGCCUUGCACACUUGCUGCUUGACUUUUGAAAAUGUGAAUCAUCUCCUAAUUAUUGCAACUUAAACUCAGUUUGAUUCCAGAAAAUUAAGAAGCCCAAUAAAUGACCCUUCAGCAGGUCCUCAUGCAGCAGCAUUUUGCUUUUUGUUUGUUGAUAAACUGACUGAUUUGGGAGAAUUUGGAGUGAAAAUUAUCAUUUGACUGAGAAAACUUACGUAGCAUUUGUUGUAAGGCAGUCAUUAUCACCCAAAAUUUCCAAAUUUAUCUGGUUAUUAUUGUGUGAAAGUUGAACACGACGUGUUUGCGAAUUUGACCCCAAUUUCACCAGGAGUUGACCCACAAUCUUGAAGCAUUUGCGGGAUAAUAAAGUUUCCAUUUGAGUGUGACUCUCAGUGAAAACACUGCUUUUCUUGCAUUUUUGUGUCUCUAAUCGGUCCGGUUGUCGCAGCCCAGCGGCAGAUAUAGAACCUUUUCUAUUUACUUGUAACAGCGGCUGCUUUAGCAUUCCUUUUUCCACAUAACCAGGAGAUGCAUGUGAUCUAUAAUAGUGUAACUUUUGCAGUGCGAGGACGACCACGGACCGGGUGACAAACAUGUUUUUCACAUGAUCUGUAUAAAGAAAUUAGAAGUCUAGAAUUUGUGCACGAGUUGAAAGAGAUAGGUUUCUACAUGUGAAUUUUGUAAAAUAUGUAAGUAUGCAUUUAUUUUAUAACAUUCAUGAGAAAGAUCCUGAGCUUGGUUGAACUUGUAGUGAAAAUGUCAGAAAUAGUGCUAAAAAGAAUCAACUUUGUAGAAUAAACAUGUUUAUUCAUUAAUGAAGGCAAACUAUAGAUCCAGUCAGAGCGGAAAUUAUUAUUUUUUUUAAUACGUAAAAAUUGUACAAAUCGGUUUCUGUGUUACAAAUGAUAAAUAAUACUCCAGAAACAUUGUUCCAGCUGACAAAUAAAACAUCACAGACAUAAAAUAAGGUUUUGGUCGUCAUUGUGGAUUUGUGUCGAUCGCUUGUUACAAAGUGGGUGAACGCCAAUUUACACUGUGAGAGACUGUUUUUCUUCUUCUUUGUGCACACAGCCGUGUGUGAUCCAGCAUCGUUUCGUCAAACGUCAUAGUGAAGUCCAGUGAUAAGCUGUGCAGCCGCGUCACGUUACGAACAGUCGAGGCAGGGCAGUUUAUAGUGAAAAAACAGGAUGAACACAGUGAAAGUGAUUGAACGGGGUGCAGGGCAGAGCUGCUGUUUUCGAACCCGACUCCUUUGACAUGUACACAUCUAUCAAUAUGCUCAGUGCAAAGAAACCCACACCACCGUCUCUGAGGAGGUGGCUGGCUAUUAGAGGUGGUUAAAAUGUCUUUCCACCCUCUGUUGGUCACAUUUAACAGUGCAUCGUUGUCUAAAUAUCUAAAACUGACAUCUACAACAGACCGAGAAGACUCAAAGAGAAUAUACAAAAUGCUAGAGCCAAAUACUCUUCACACGUUCAUGGAUUCAUCACUGUACCUGUAAAUUCUUUAUCAAAAGAUUAAACCAUCAGAGAACAUUUAUUUUCACUUUCAAUUUCAUUGUUUUCGUUUCUGAGGGAAAGCCACUAUUGUAACACAUAAAUCAUUUAAUUACAACUUUAAAAAAAGGUAUUGCUUAAAAAAAUGUAAAUAAAACAGAUAUAACACUCCCUCUUGAGCUUUUUUUGGUACGUUGUACAAAUAACAUUGAACAAAUAAACUUUGUGCAUGUA